UGCAUUACCGAGCCCACUGCAACAUCCUUGGAGUCGAAGUGGUUUCCGAUGAGUCUCUAGCUGAAGUUGAGAACUGCAGACGAGCUGGACUGGUGCAUGGACGGACUGAGGGGUCCAUUUAGCCGAAGAUUUACAGAUGGUUGGCUCUGCUUGCCACUGUCGCGUUUCUGUUCGACCGCCUCACUUUGGAGCAAGUUCAAGGGCACAGUAUGUGCGGUCUGUGGUGUCUGCGAGGUAGGCAAACACGGGAGCGGACUGAAGUUGUUCGCCUAAGUCUUGAUUUGACAGUGGAGUUGUAAUGAGAUAUAUUAAAUG